AUGGAUGAGGACGUGUCGCGUUAUAAGUAUCCACCACGUCAGGGCAAUCUUGCUGAGCAAGAUGCUAUCAUAUCAGCAUUUUUACAUGAAAGUGUGCUGAUCGUGCAAAAUCUCUGGGCGGCGACUUUCGCACAGCGGGGCAUUUCCGAGCUUGCGGACUAA